AUGUCAGCACUUUCAAAUUCAUAUAGUAACAACACCGUAGCACAAGAAGCGAGCAUUCACACAUUUUCAAGGGAUGGUAAUGCAAACAACCAUUCUCCUUAUGUUCAGAUUAAUUGUCAGCCAUCAGCAACUUCAUAUCAGCAGCCAAUCAAUGAAACGAAACAGUGUGAACCGAUGUUGAAGGGUGCCUCUAAGCAACAAAACCAUUUGAACGUUGGUCAAAACAGCAAGCCUCAUUUCUUCAAGCCUCAAAAUCUUCUCACUUCCCCCUCGCAAAAUACAAAAUAUUAUGCUAAUGAAAAAAGUAAAGAUUUGUUCAGGGCAUAUCUAAAUGUUCGACCACACAAGGAAGAAAUGAACGACACCCAGUUAAGAAGACUGGAUCAAAUAACAAGCAGAUGCGAGUCAAAUAAUUCUGAAACAAAUCAUAAUUUUAAUUUUGACAAUUUAUCUUUAAGUUUUCAAAAUCAAAACGCCUCGUUACAUGAUGUAAACUUGCAUUCCAGUAAACUCGAUUUCUUGAAUUCACAGCCUAUUGAGCAACAUGCUCAAAAAUCACCAAAUCACGCCCCAAUAAACGUUGACCAAACAAUAAACAUUAAAACGGAUUCUAAAAAUAAAGAUUUACUCAGUCAGUAUAUUUCAAUGAAUCAACAGAGCCAUGAAUCCAACUUGCAUCAAUCUUCGAAAGAACCGACAAAAACAAGUACAUUGAACAAUUCAGCGAUCAGCAAGAAUUGUUCAAAUAACAAAGCUGAACUUGACAACAACUGCUUCAAUAAUCUGAUCAUGCGACAACAACAAAUGGAAGCCAGGGAUCCAUCUCUCAAGCAAAAUUAUCUCAAGAGAUACUCCUGGACUCGACAAACUGAUACAUUUUACAACAUAUUUGGAGGCAGGUUUACUGAAGAUGAAGAUAAAAUUUCAAAUAAUAAUCAAAUGAAAGAUGAUAACAACAACGAUGGAAAGUUAUCUAAGUAUGAAGUUAUUAAUGAGCUGAAUGCUAGAAAACAAUCUGAUCUUGACAGUUCUGUUGAUAGCAAAGCAAUAACAAACAUUUCUAACAAAUCAAAUGAAUGGAAAAAUGCGGUUGACACUAGUGAAGAACAUGUCCACUCUAAAAACAACAUAUCUUGUAAUAACAAAUAUUCUGAAAAAAACGAAAACAAAGGCAGUUCGUUUGAUUUCAAGAAUAAUUUUAAUAAUCAUCAUCAAAAUAAAUUUUUUACAGCCAUUAAUCCCAACAAACACAGGGAGGUAUACAAAAUGCAGUUGAAGCAUUUGGAAACGUCGAAGAACAACGAGGACAGCGAAAGCCUGCCAGAGACUAACCAGAUUCCUCUUACGAAAGAAGAUGAUAGUUGUGCGUCAACCGACGCAUCUAGCGAUGUAAGCAAUUACAAUGCAGUUAGACAUCCCACCAGAUGUCAGGCUUGGAUGAAUGAGAACAAAAUGAGCAAACGCGUUCUAGAUCACAUUUCUGGAGACGAUUCAACAAAAUCACCCAGAUUGGUCCAGCCUCUCUAUAGAACUAUAAACGAUGGGAAGACAAAAAAACAUGUUUCCAUAAAACUUGAUAACAAUUUGCAUGAAGAAGUUUCUGAUAUAUGUAACAUAGACGAUUAUGAGCUUAGCAAUCACAUUAACAACUUGGAAUCAAAUUUAAAUUUUCCCAGCAAAUUGGAUAGCAAGUUCGGAUCAACAUCAGCUCCAUUUGACACGGACAAUUGGUUCAAACAGGACCACCAAGAGCAAACCAUUGGUUAUGAAUGUGGAGAAAGUUCCAUGGACAAUAUGGAUCCACUGCAAGUUCAAAGUUUUUCAGUUCCUGAGAAGCAUUCGAACAACCCGUAUCAUUUGCAAAAACCAAAAUUGAGAACAUCACAACACUCAUGUAUGCCUACAGUAAAAUCGGAAAUGAUUUCGGUACAGCCACCGCAUUCAUUUUUUACUGAAACAAAUCAUUCCAAGAAUCAGAGACCCAAACUGAAACUGUUCAAUAAACAACAGCCACAACAAACGCAUCACCAACUUUUAAAUCAACAAGGUUUGAAGAGAAGCGAAUGCAACUGGUUCAGGGACAGCCAAAGUUCUGGAUUAAACAAAAAAUGCAUGCCACUAACAGAUUGUAGAUACAAUUUUAUGUGUAAAGAAAGAUAA